CUUGGGGCUAGACCGCCCGCACCCGCCGCGCUGCACACGGGGAGGAGAGGGAGCCCCGGGCGCGAGCGGGGAAGAAGGAACCUGCAGCCACAACUUCGGGUCCUGUCCAGUUCUUGUGUCCCUCUCUCCGUCACCUUCCCCACCCCCUGUUCCCCUUCUUCGGUUCCCCGAGACUUUUUCCGCAGGUUGCAAAGGGAACCACACUUGGUGGCCACUUGCCUCCUGGGGAGGGCGACUCUCCUCCCAGCGACUCAAGAUGCUCAGGGGUCCGGGACCCCGGCGGCUGCUGCUGCUGGCUGUCCUAUGCCUGGGGACAGAGGUGCGCUGCGCGGAAGCGGCGAAGAGCAAGAGGCAGGCUCAGCAAAUUGUGCAGCCCCAGUCCCCCGUGGCUGUUAGUCAAAGCAAGCCUGGUUGUUUUGACAAUGGAAAACAUUAUCAGAUAAACCAACAAUGGGAGCGCACCUACUUAGGCAAUGCUUUGGUUUGUACCUGCUAUGGAGGAAGCCGAGGUUUUAACUGUGAGAGUAAACCUGAACCUGAAGAGACUUGCUUUGACAAGUAUACCGGGAACACUUACCGAGUGGGUGACACUUACGAGCGCCCUAAGGAUUCCAUGAUCUGGGACUGCACCUGCAUUGGGGCUGGGCGAGGGAGGAUAAGCUGCACUAUUGCAAAUCGCUGCCAUGAAGGUGGUCAGUCCUACAAGAUUGGUGAUACCUGGAGAAGACCACAUGAGACUGGCGGUUACAUGUUAGAAUGUGUGUGCCUGGGAAAUGGAAAAGGAGAAUGGACCUGCAAACCCAUAGCUGAGAAAUGUUUUGAUCAUGCGGCUGGGACUUCCUACGUUGUCGGGGAAACCUGGGAAAAGCCCUACCAGGGCUGGAUGAUGGUGGACUGUACUUGUCUGGGAGAAGGCAGUGGCCGUAUCACUUGUUCCUCUAGAAACAGAUGCAAUGACCAGGACACGAGGACAUCCUACAGAAUUGGAGACACCUGGAGCAAGAAGGACAACCGUGGAAACCUGCUGCAGUGCCUCUGCACGGGCAACGGCAGAGGGGAAUGGAAGUGUGAGAGGCACGCAUCUGCACAGAGCACAUCAGCUGGAUCGGGCUCCUAUACAGAAGUUCGACCGGCUGUUUACCAACCCCAGACUCACCCCCAGCCUGCUCCAUACGGCCACUGUGUCACGGAUAGUGGUGUGGUCUACUCUGUGGGGAUGCAGUGGCUGAAGACACAAGGGAAUAAGCAAAUGCUCUGCACCUGCCUGGGCAAUGGAGUCAGCUGUCAGGAGACAGCUGUGACCCAGACUUACGGUGGCAAUUCCAAUGGGGAGCCCUGUGUCCUCCCGUUCACCUACAAUGGCAGGACCUUCUACUCAUGUACCACAGAAGGGCGGCAAGAUGGACAUCUGUGGUGCAGCACGACUUCAAAUUACGAGCAGGACCAGAAGUAUUCUUUCUGUACAGACCACACUGUUUUGGUUCAGACUCGAGGUGGAAAUUCCAAUGGUGCCUUAUGCCACUUCCCCUUCCUGUACAACAACCGCAAUUACACCGACUGUACUUCUGAGGGCAGGAGGGACAACAUGAAGUGGUGUGGAACUACUCAGAAUUAUGAUGCUGACCAGAAGUUUGGAUUCUGCCCUAUGGCUGCCCAUGAGGAGAUCUGCACAACCAGUGAAGGGGUCAUGUAUCGCAUUGGAGAUCAGUGGGAUAAGCAGCAUGACAUGGGCCACAUGAUGAGGUGCACGUGUGUUGGGAACGGUCGUGGGGAAUGGACCUGUGUCGCCUACUCCCAGCUCCGAGAUCAGUGCAUUGUUGAUGACAUCACUUACAAUGUGAACGACACAUUCCACAAACGUCAUGAGGAGGGACACAUGCUGAACUGUACCUGCUUUGGUCAGGGUCGGGGCAGAUGGAAGUGUGACCCUAUCGACCAGUGCCAGGAUUCAGAAACCAGGACGUUUUACCAGAUUGGUGACUCUUGGGAGAAGUUUGUACACGGUGUGAGAUACCAGUGCUACUGCUACGGCCGUGGCAUUGGAGAGUGGCACUGCCAGCCUCUGCAGACCUACGCAGGCACUUCUGGUCCUGUCCAAGUAAUUAUCACUGAGACCCCCAGCCAGCCCAACUCCCACCCCAUCCAGUGGAAUGCACCAGAGCCAUCGCACAUCACUAAGUACAUUCUCAGGUGGAGACCUAAAAAUCCAGUGGGCCGCUGGAAGGAAGCUACCAUUCCAGGCCACCUUAACUCCUACACCAUUAAAGGCCUGACUCCAGGUGUGAUAUAUGAGGGACAGCUCAUCAGCAUCCAACAGUAUGGCCACCGAGAAGUGACUCGUUUCGACUUCACCACCAGUACCACCACACCUGUGACCAGCAACACAGUGACAGGAGAGACGGCACCCUUUUCUCCUGUGGUGGCCACUUCUGAAUCUGUGACUGAAAUCACAGCCAGCAGCUUUGUGGUCUCCUGGGUCUCAGCUUCGGACACUGUGUCAGGAUUCCGGGUGGAGUAUGAGCUGAGCGAGGAGGGAGAUGAGCCACAGUACCUUGAUCUUCCAAGCACAGCCACCUCUGUGAGCAUCCCUGACCUGCUUCCUGGCCGAAAGUACAUUGUCAACGUCUAUCAGAUAUCUGAAGAGGGAGAACAGAGCUUGAUCCUGUCUACCUCACAGACAACAGCACCUGAUGCCCCUCCUGACCCUACUGUGGACCGAGUUGAUGACACCUCGAUUGUUGUUCGAUGGAGCAGGCCCCAGGCACCUAUCACAGGGUACAGAAUAGUCUAUUCACCAUCAGUAGAAGGCAGUAGCACAGAACUGAACCUUCCUGAAACCGCCAACUCCGUCACCCUCAGUGACUUGCAACCUGGCAUUCAGUACAACAUCACCAUCUACGCUGUGGAAGAAAACCAAGAAAGCACACCCGUUUUCAUCCAACAAGAGACUACUGGCAUCCCACGCUCAGAUAAUGUUCCCCCUCCCAGGGACCUACAGUUUGUGGAAGUGACGGAUGUGAAAGUGACCAUCAUGUGGACCCCCCCGGACAGCGCAGUGACCGGCUACCGUGUGGAUGUCCUUCCUGUCAAUCUGCCUGGGGAACACGGGCAGAGACUGCCCAUCAGCAGGAACACCUUCGCAGAAGUCACUGGGCUGACCCCCGGGGUCACUUACUACUUCAAAGUCUUUGCUGUGAACCAGGGCAGGGAAAGCAAGCCUCUGACUGCACAACAGACAACCAAACUGGAUGCUCCCACUAACCUCCAGUUCGUCAAUGAAACUGACAGAACAGUUCUGGUGACCUGGACUCCACCUCGUGCUCGGAUAGCAGGCUACCGAUUGACAGUGGGCCUGACCCGAGGAGGACAGCCUAAGCAGUACAAUGUGGGGCCCUCUGCCUUCAAAUACCCCCUGAGGAAUCUGCAGCCUGGAUCUGAGUACACUGUGACCCUUGUGGCUGUGAAAGGCAACCAACAGAGCCCCAAAGCUACUGGAGUCUUUAGUACUUUGCAGCCCCGGAGCUCCAUCCCACCAUACAAUACAGAGGUGACAGAGACUACCAUUGUGAUCACGUGGACCCCUGCUCCAAGGAUUGGAUUCAAGCUGGGUGUACGACCAAGCCAGGGGGGUGAAGCACCCCGAGAAGUGACUUCAGAGUCAGGAAGCAUCGUUGUGUCUGGCUUGACUCCAGGCGUGGAAUACACUUACACCAUCCAGGUCAUCAGAGACGGCCAAGAAAAGGACGCGCCGAUUGUAAACAGAGUUGUGACACCAUUGUCCCCACCAACGAACUUGCACCUGGAGUCUAACCCUGAUACUGGAGUGCUUACAGUCUCUUGGGAAAGGAGCACCACCCCAGAUAUUACCGGCUAUAGAAUUACCACAACCCCCACAAACGGACAACAUGGAAGUUCUUUGGAAGAAGUAGUUCAUGCUGAUCAGAGUUCCUGCACUUUUGAGGACCUGAAUCCUGGCCUGGAAUACAAUGUCAGUGUUUACACUGUCAAAGAUGACAAGGAAAGUGUCCCUAUCUCUGAUACCAUCAUCCCAGAGGUGCCCCAACUCACUGACCUAAGCUUUGUUGAUAUAACCGAUUCAAGCAUCGGCCUGAGGUGGACCCCGCUAAACUCUUCCACCAUUAUUGGGUACCGCAUCACAGUAGUUGCGGCAGGAGAAGGUAUCCCUAUUUUUGAAGAUUUUGUGGACUCCUCAGUAGGAUACUACACAGUUACAGGGCUGGAACCCGGCAUUGACUAUGACAUCAGCGUUAUCACUCUCAUUAAUGGCGGAGAGAGUGCCCCUACUACACUGACACAGCAAACCGCUGUCCCUCCUCCCACUGACCUGCGAUUCACAAAUGUUGGUCCAGACACUAUGCGUGUCACCUGGGCCCCGCCUCCAUCCAUUGAGCUGACCAACCUCUUGGUGCGCUACUCUCCUGUGAAAAAUGAGGAAGAUGUGGCAGAGUUGUCAAUUUCGCCUUCGGACAAUGCGGUGGUCUUAACAAAUCUCCUGCCUGGGACUGAAUAUUUAGUCAGUGUCUCCAGUGUCUAUGAACACCAUGAGAGCAUACCUCUUAGAGGAAGACAGAAAACCGGUCUUGAUUCUCCAACUGGCUUUGAUUCUUCUGAUAUCACUGCCAACUCAAUCACUGUCCACUGGAUGGCUCCUCGUGCUCCCAUCACUGGCUUCAAAAUUCGCCAUCAUCCUGAGCAUGCUGGUGGAAGACCCCGGGAAGAUCGGGUGCCUCCCACUCGGAAUUCCAUCACCCUCACCAACCUCAAUCCAGGCACAGAAUAUGUGGUCAGCAUUGUUGCAGUUAAUGGCAAAGAGGAGAGCGCCCCAUUGGUUGGCCAGCAGUCCACAGUUUCUGAUGUUCCAAGGGACCUGGAGGUCAUUGCCUCCACCCCCAGCAGCCUGCUGAUCAGCUGGGAUGCUCCUGGCCUCCCAGUGAGGUAUUACCGGAUCACUUAUGGUGAAACAGGAGGAACUAGCCCUGUCCAGGAGUUCACUGUGCCUGGGAGCAAGUCCACAGCUACCAUCAGCAACCUUAAACCUGGAGUAGAUUACACCAUCACUUUGUAUGCUGUCACUGGCCGUGGGGAUAGUCCAGCCAGCAGCAAGCCAGUUUCCAUUGAUUAUCGAACAGAAAUUGACAAGCCAUCCCAGAUGCAAGUGACAGAUGUUCAGGACAACAGCAUUAGUGUCAGGUGGCUGCCUUCAAGUUCUCCUGUUACAGGUUACAGAGUGACCACUGCUCCCAAGAAUGGUGUAGGACCAUCAAAAACUGAAACUACAGGUCCAGAUCAAACAGAAAUGACCAUUGAAGGUUUGCAGCCCACAGUGGAGUAUGUGGUUAGUGUCUAUGCUCAGAAUCAAAACGGAGAGAGCCAACCCCUCGUUCAAACUGCAGUAACCAACAUUGAUCGCCCUAAAGGACUGGCAUUCACUGAUGUGGAUGUCGAUUCCAUCAAAAUUGCUUGGGAAAGCCCACAGGGGCAAGUUUCCAGGUACAGGGUGACCUACUCAAGCCCUGAGGAUGGAAUCCAUGAGCUAUUCCCUGCACCUGAUGGUGAAGAAGACACUGCAGAGCUGCAAGGCCUCAGGCCGGGUUCUGAGUACACAGUCAGUGUGGUUGCCUUGCACGAUGAUAUGGAGAGCCAGCCCCUGAUUGGAAUCCAGUCCACAGCCAUUCCUCCUCCAACCAACCUGAAGUUCACUCAGGUGACACCCACCAGCUUGAGUGCCCAGUGGACAGCUCCCAAUGUUCAGCUCACUGGAUAUCGAGUGCGGGUCACCCCGAAGGAAAAGACAGGCCCAAUGAAGGAAAUCAACCUUUCUCCAGAUAGCUCAACUGUGAUUGUAUCAGGGCUCAUGGUGGCCACCAAGUACGAAGUGAGUGUCUAUGCUCUCAAGGACACAUUGACAAGCAGACCAGCUCAGGGAGUCGUCACCACUCUAGAGAAUGUCAGCCCUCCAAGACGAGCCCGUGUGACAGAUGCUACGGAGACCACCAUCACCAUUAGCUGGCGAACAAAGACUGAGACUAUCACUGGCUUCCAAAUAGAUGCCAUCCCAGCCAACGGUCAGACCCCGGUGCAGAGAACCAUCAGCCCAGAUGUCAGAAGCUACACCAUUACAGGUUUACAACCAGGCACUGACUACAAGAUCCACCUGUAUACUCUGAAUGACAAUGCCCGGAGCUCCCCUGUGGUCAUCGACGCUUCCACUGCCAUUGAUGCACCAUCCAACCUGAGGUUCCUGACCACCACACCCAACUCCUUACUAGUAUCAUGGCAGGCACCCCGUGCCAGGAUUACUGGCUACAUUAUCAAAUAUGAGAAACCUGGGUCCCCUCCCAGAGAAGUGGUUCCUCGGCCGCGUCCUGGUGUCACUGAGGCCACCAUUACUGGUCUAGAGCCCGGAACCGAGUACACCAUCUACGUCAUUGCCCUGAAGAACAAUCAGAAGAGCGAGCCUCUGAUUGGGAGGAAAAAGACAGACGAGCUUCCCCAACUGGUAACCCUUCCACACCCCAAUCUUCACGGACCAGAGAUCUUGGAUGUUCCCUCCACAGUUCAAAAGACCCCCUUCAUCACCAACCCUGGGUAUGACACUGGAAAUGGUAUUCAGCUACCCGGCACAUCCCACCAGCAGCCCAGUCUUGGGCAACAAAUGAUCUUUGAGGAACAUGGUUUUAGGCGGACCACACCACCCACUGCGGCGACCCCUGUAAGGCAUAGGCCAAGGCCUUACCUGCCGAAUGUAAAUGAGGAGAUCCAAAUCGGUCAUGUCCCCAGGGGGGACGUAGACCACCACCUCUACCCUCAUGUUCUGGGGCUCAAUCCAAAUGCCUCUACAGGACAAGAAGCUCUCUCUCAGACAACCAUCUCUUGGACGCCAUUCCAGGAGAGUUCUGAGUACAUCAUUUCAUGUCAUCCUGUGGGUGUCGAUGAAGCUCCCUUGCAGUUCCAAGUUCCUGGAACUUCCACCAGUGCCACUCUGACUGGCCUUACAAGGGGGGCCACCUAUAACAUCAUAGUGGAGGCACUGAAAAACCAGAAGAGGCACAAAGUUCAGGAGGAAGUUGUCACUGUGGGGAACUCAGUCAAUGAAGGCCUGAACCAACCUACAGAAGACUCCUGCUUUGACCCCUACACAGUUUCCCAUUAUGCCAUUGGAGAGGAAUGGGAGCGAUUGUCUGAAUCUGGCUUUAAACUCACAUGCCAGUGCUUGGGCUUUGGCAGUGGUCAUUUCAGAUGCGAUUCAUCUAAAUGGUGCCAUGACAAUGGUGUCAACUACAAGAUUGGAGAGAAGUGGGAUCGUCAGGGGGAGAACGGCCAGAGGAUGAGCUGCACGUGUCUUGGGAAUGGAAAAGGAGAAUUCAAGUGUGAUCCCCACGAGGCAACGUGUUACGACGAUGGGAAGACCUACCAUGUAGGAGAACAGUGGCAGAAGGAGUAUCUUGGUGCCAUUUGUUCCUGCACAUGUUUUGGAGGCCAGCGGGGCUGGCGCUGUGACAACUGCCGCAGACCUGGGGCUGAACCCAGUCCAGAAGGCACCACUGGCCACUCCUACAACCAGUAUACACAGAGAUACCACCAGAGAACGAACACAAAUGUUAACUGCCCAAUUGAGUGCUUCAUGCCUUUAGAUGUGCAGGCUGACAGAGAAGAUUCCAGAGAGUAGUAUUUGCAGCCAAAGGAACAAGCACGACUCUCUGCCACCGUUGCUCCACACCGGAGUGAUGUUAGCAGACCCCAUCUUUGAGUGCUCAUUUCUUCCCUAAGCCUUCUGCUCUGGAGUCUGCUUCUCCAGCUUCAGCUCAACUCACAGCUUCUCCAGACAUCACCCUGGGAGACGUUUGGAGACUUUUCUCCUAAAUGACAGCAGUUUGUUGCCUUGAUCUACUUCAGAAUAUUCAAUACCGCUCAGUAUUGUUAAAAGAAUCAGAGAUUCUUGUUGUAAUUUGGUUUGGGAUCAAUAGGGAAGCAUAGGUAGUCAACCAAAAUGCAAAAUGUAUUGAAUAAUAUUACGUAAAAUCUCAAGUGAAAAAGUGACCCAAACACUUGUGCUUUCAUUUAAGUGUCUGGCUGCAACACCAUAAGAAAGGCAUGCCCUGGGGCUGUGGUGUGUAGUCCUCACAUGCUUACUUUGUCCAAACAAUUCUAAUAAUUGCCUAGAAAUAUCUUUCUCUUACCUAUUAUUUAUCAGUUUUUCCCAGUAUUUUUAUAUGGAAAAAAAUUGUAUUGAAGACACUUAGAUGCAGUGGAUAAGAGGAAUUCAGUAUAAUUAUGGUUGGUGAUUAUUUUUUAUACUGUACAUGCCAAAGCUUUACUACUGUGGAAAACAACUGUUUUAAUAAAAGAUUUACAUUCCACAA